AUGAAGGAAGCUUACAAAGGCACACACUCGGAUUGCUCUUUCAUUGAAACCCUAAAACAACAAUCCAAUGGUACUGCAAAAAUUAACAAAACUGAGUGUUCUUUUGAGUUGGAAUCCAUGUCUUUGGAUCCUGAAAAUAUAUCAAAUGUUGUUCCUGGAAGGAUAACUCAAACUCGGUUCUUCCCUUCCAAUGAUUUCAAGAUGAUUGUAGCGGGUGACAAUUCCGGGAAUAUUGGGUUCUGGAAUGUUGGACAAAGUGAGGUUUUUUUGUAUCGUCCGCAUCAAACUAUUAUUUCGGGGAUUGUGGUUCAAUCACAUUGCUUGUCAAAGAUAUACACAAGUUGUAAUGAUGGAUUUGCUAGGAUGAUGGAUGUUGAGAAGGAAAUUUUCGAUAUCGUAUAUAAAAGUAGUGAUAAAGCAUGUAUAUCUGCUCUCUCGCAACCAAAGAAUGAGGCAAACUGUUUAUAUUUAGCUGAAGGUUCUGGAGUUUUGACUGUUUGGGAUAAGAGGAUAGGAACAUGUUCCUCUUUGUCCGGCUUAGCUUUGCAUCGAAUGAGGAUUAAUACAAUAGAUUUCAACCCUGAAAACCCUCACAUUGCAGUUACUAGUUCAUCUGAUGGAAAUGCAUGUACCUGGGAUUUUAGACGUAUUAGUGGUAUGGGUAAGGGCGGUAACUUCCCAGCUUUAAGGAGAUUUAGCCAUGAAAGGGCCUUGCAAUCUGCCUACUUCUCUCCUUCUGGACGUAGCCUUGCGAUCACAAGCAAGAACAACACGAUUGUCAUAUACAGUGGAGUUAACUUGAAAGACGCAGCUUUUGUUAAUGAUGUAAGAAGCCAGACGCUUUCUAUUUUCAGGGCAAUAUGGGGUUGGGACGACUCGUACCUCUUCACUGGGAGUACAAAAAGAGGAAUUGGCAUUGUCUCGACAGCUCAGAAGGCAACUGUGAUGACUCUAGAGAGCCCACUUGUACCUGCAGUUCCACAUAAAUUUGAUACACACUCUUACGAAGUUGGGAUGCUAGCAGCGGGUACGGGCGGAGGCCAGGUCUGUGUUUGGACAUCGUGCUAG